UCAUCCUGUCCAGUGCCUUCUGUACCUUCGUCCUGCCGGGAGUGGUCGCUACUCGCUGAAAGCCUCUCUUAGUUUGCAAAGGAAGACCACGACUUGCUACGAAGAUACGAGAACGAAUACUUUAGCAGUCGUUAGAGCCUCAACACUCAAGACUCAACCGUCUCUUCACCAGCACACACACACACACACACACACACACACACACACACAUAUAUAUACACACACACGCGCGCGCGCGAGCCCCCCCCCCCCCCACACACACACACACACAAACACACACACGAACACACACACACACACGCACACACACUGUAAGUCACGAUGAAGGCCUUGCUGUCCUUACUCUUGAUGCUUCUUGGGUCUUCGUUGCCUGCGACCGGAAUUUACCACAGCCCCGACCUGGACCAGCGCUGCCCCGCCAAUACUACCAUCUUGGGGGAUGAGGAAUGGGCGAACAUUACCAUAAUGGAAGAUCGGGCGUCCGCCUCCUGGGGACUAAACUUGUUCGUGCAUCCUGAUUCAGGCUUCAAGGGCGUCAGGCUCGUGUCGAAGGGCGAUGACUGGCAGCACGACGUCUGGUUCACACUGGACAACACUUGCUUCCCUCGGGACGCGGAGUGGCAGGCGUUGUAUGUAGGUGUAUGGAAAAAGCGGAACGAUGACAACAAUGAUUACGACCUGUGGCCUAAAGUACGGGCUGGUGAUUGUGCUUUUAAGUGUCGCAAAACAGGCCGUUACCCUGGUGACGUGAAGCUUACUGUUGCGGGUCACGGGCCCUCAAGGUGGCGAUUAGAGAGCCCGGCGCCAUGCACUGUAGAAAGAUACACAAACAAAACCUACUCUUUGAUAAACUGCAAAUCCAACCCUAUCAACACCACUUCAGAAAGCACCAUCGCCUUAACCCCCAUCACCAUCAUAGUUGCGUCGGUGAUGAUUUGUGUCGCUGUUCUUGUUGUAGUUCUUGUGGUGGUCACGAGGCGUUUCCGAAAGCGAAGGGAAUUAUCACAAGUGCCCCGUGUGCCGCCUCGGCUCGGGCUGGCCGCCUCCUGGGGUGCCGGCGGCGAGGCUGCAGACGACGACAACUACGUGGAUCCGCCCAGGGUCCCCACCGUGCUCCCGUGCGUGAGGCUGGAGCGCGGGGUGUGGCACGUUGUCGACGAGGCUUCGAACGACGACAAACGCACAGAGUCGCCCAGGGUCGGUGAGCUGCCGCGGCAGGAGCCCGACUAUCUGUUCUUCGGCGAUGAGGAGGGCGAGGAGCACAUCUAUGAAGAUAUCAACGCGCCCAGGCUCGCCGCGGUGCUUCCGCGCGGGGCGCCGCUGCAGGAGGAGACAAACUAUCUGCAUUUCGGCGGCGAGGAACCGAUAUAUAACAACAUAGACUUGCCUGCACCCCCCCCCGUGUACGAGAAUGUAGACACAGAUGAGGAUACUUACCUCACCCCCAGGCGCGCCCCCACGGGCACACACACCCUCUGGGGUCACAGAGGAAGGAGGCCGUGAAUGCAUGGCCCCCUCCCGGCGCACCACCUGUUUCAGCUUCCUCUGGGUCGAAAAUAUAUGUGGAGUAAAUGCUCAAACCUGGUGGCCAGAAACAGUCCUCUGUACGAGAGUUGUUGUGUUCACAAAGGCAGGGCCCCACCCAGACAGGCGGUGCACGGUCACGCAGACACACACAUCCUUUCAAUAAUCACCGAAACAGACAUUUGGUAUAAAUAUUGUAUAUAAUCACGGAAACAGACAGUCGGCAGAAAUACUGACAGUUUAUAUAAGUCAAGUGUGUGUGUGUGUGUGUGUGUGUGUGUGUGUGUGUAUCCGGUGGUCCUCCUGCCUCGCCUGGUCCGCCCCGCCAGUGUUAGUGGGCGGCCUUUACAAGGAUCCCCGUCACCUGCUUCCUGCUGCUGCUUGACGCUUUGUGCCGCCUACCUGUACAGGUAUGAAUAAACAAGUUUUGUUGA